AUCGCCAUUUUUUUUUAACAAAUGGGUGCAUAUGAAAACAAAUUUCGUUAUGAAUUGCGAAUAAUUUGUUUGUCAGACUGAAUUUUGAUCGUCAAAUUGCUAAUUUUGUUGCAUUGUUUUGAAUAAAAAGUUAAAAUUCUUCGAAUAAUUUUGCGUCAAAAAUGUCUUUUCCGCCGAGACCUCCAAUACUGCCCGGAAUGAUGGUUCCUCCAUUCAAUCCGUACCCGCCACCUAUCGGAAUGAUGCCAAUGGGUAUCAUGCCGGUGAUGAGACCGAACCUGUCGAUGCCCAUGUCCUUACCGAGGCCUGCCCCCACCACACCGGCUGUUAUCACUGCCAGACCCGAACUGACCAUUAACAAAGAAAAACUUCCAGUUACGACUGUCUUCGUUGGGAACAUACAUGACAAAGCACCAGACGCCAUGAUCAAGCUUAUGCUACAGAAAUGUGGAAAUGUUCUCAGCUGGAAGAGAGUUCAAGGUGCAUCUGGAAAGUUACAAGCCUUUGGUUUCUGUGAGUAUGACAAUCCUGAAUCUACGCUAAGAUGUAUGAGACUACUCAACGAUUGGAAUAUCAUUGAUAAGAAGUUGCUGGUGAAAGUAGACGCCAAGACCAACAACCUGCUAGAGGAUUACAAGCAGAAGAAGGAGCUACAGAAAAAGUUGAAGCAGCAGCAGCAACAGCAGCAGUGCUACAAGACCAUCGUCGAUAAGGAGGAUGGCGAGAAUUCUGACGACGACGACGACGACAAUGUGGACCUUGAGAAGAAGAAGGAUGAAGAAGUCAAGGGGCUGCUUGUUGGCAUCAUGAAGGACAAUGAGAAGGAGCUCAGUAAGCCUUCUACUGAGAUGACAGCAGAUGAUGUAGAUAGACUCAUUAAGAAGGCAAAGCAGAACAAAGAGGAACCUUCUGCUGACCUGGCUGGAAUGGAUAUGGCAGAUGAUCUGAAGCAGCUUGUUAAUAAGGAGAUCAGAAAUUUUAGAGAUGCUCAUUUGAAUUCAGAUCCCAGCAAGGAUGACAGAGGCAGCAGCAGAAGGAAGGAUCGAAGCAACAAGGAUAGCAGGAGCGAGAGAGAAAGAGAGCGAGAUAGAGAGAGGGAGCGAGAUAGAGAAAGAGAGAGGGAGAGGGAACGCGAGAGAGAGAGGGAUAGAGAGAGAGAAAGAAUUAAGAGGAGAGAGGAGGAAAGAUUGAGAGAACGAGAGAAGAUUAAAGAAAGAGAGGAGUAUGAAAGGGAGAAGAGAGAACGAGAGAGGGAACGGGAGCGGGAGAGGAUGAAUAAAAGUCGGUCAAAGACAAGAGAUGCCUCACCUGUUAUUGUUCUUGAUAAAAAGUCACGCGAUAGAGAUGUCGAGGGAGAAGAUGACGAGGAGGUUUACGAGAGGAAGAAAUUGGAAAGGAAGCUGAGAGAGAAGGAGGCAGCCUAUCAAGAGCUCUUGAGAAAAUGGGAAUCGAGAGAGAGGAAGAAAUCAAGAGAGUAUGAGAAAGAGAGAGUGAGAGAGAAGGAGAGGAGGGUGGAGGAGAACAAGGAGUCAAAGAGGCUGAGAGAGUUUUUGGAGGAUUACAAUGAUCAGAGAGAUGACGUCAAAUAUUAUAAAGGAAGUGCCCUUCAGCGGCGACUGAACGAACGACAGAAGGAAGUGGAAGCAGAUGAUAGAGAUAAGCAGAAGGAGAGAGAAGAACUGGAAGAGAUAAAGAACAAAUUGAGAGAGGAAGGUCACCCCGACCUUGAACUUGAAAUGGCCAGGAUAGAGAGAGAGAGAGAGGAGCACCUCCUACCGCGCAUCACCAACCCCUCCCACAUGUCGCCCAACUCGGACUCGCCGGUCAUCGUCAUGAACGUCGAAGACGACGACGACGGUGUGGUCAUCGUAAACAACAACAACAACAACAAUAAUAAUAAUAAUAAUUUUCUUUCUUCGUCUCUCAGGCCCGUCAACUCCGCGCCUGAUUUACACUCAGACGAUGACGAUGAUGGUAGCGUUAAUGAUAAUAAUAAUAAUAAUAAUAAUAAUAAUAAUAAUAACGUUAAAAAGAGUAAAAGUAAAAAUAGUAACCUGUACAGUCCGGCUAACGACGAUAGCAACAGUGAAGAUGGCCACAACGACCACGACAAUGACGUCGAUAUGCUACCAGCUGUCGACAACUCGCAAUCGUCCAAUAGCGUUAAUAUUAGUAAUAAUAAUAAUCUAAUUUUCAGCGAAUCAUCCAAUCCGCCGUCGUCGUCUAAUUUAGGCGGUUUCACUAAUAGCCUAAACUACAAUUCUGAGGACUCGAUGGGCGGACCCCCCAGUAUGCCCGCUCGCAGUGCUAGUUCAUCGAAAGUUGCUCUUACUAACAACUUGAAUAAUAUUAAUAGAUUUGACUCCAGUAACACCAACAGCCCAUUCUCCCCGCCACAACAACAUCAACGUAACAACAACAGUAGCAACAACAACGCAGCGACAACGACGUCAGCCACACCCACGAGCAACAACAACAGCAACAGGAGCGGUGGCAGUAGUGGUAACGUCAACAGCGGCUCCAAACGUAAGAAGCCAACAGUAUCGGACGUCUUCAACAACGACGAGGAUGACGACGAUGACGAUGGCGGAAAGAAUUCAAAAAGGAGAAAGUUAGUCCCUCUGGAUUACGAGGCCGGGGAGGAAAAUGAUGAAGAGAGGAGUAACAAUGUCUCCGGAGCUGGUGGCGGUAAUCGAAGUACGGGUUUAAGUUUGCCAGGGUCAUCCUCAUCUACGACAUCAGCCUCUGGAGCGGCAUUCCCGACGACAGCUGAGGAAAAAAGGAGGUGGAUUAAGACAUUUAUUGAUCGUAUUCCCAUAAACAAAGAUGAAUUAUUUGCUUGGCAAGUCGACUGGUCAUUUGUUGAUUCGGAAUUGAUAAACAAAAGAAUUCGACCGUGGGUUAAUAAGAAGAUAAUUGAAUAUAUAGGUGAAGAUGAACCGUCGCUAACUGAUUUUAUCUGCAAGAAGAUUCUCUCGAAUAUACCCCCAGCGACCAUCUUGGCUGAUAUAUCUAUGGUACUGGAUGAUGAGGCGGAAGUCUUCGUGGUAAAGAUGUGGAGACUGCUGGUUUACGAGAUAGAAGCUAAGAAAUUUGGAGUUAUCAGAUAAAUUCUUUCAUUCUCCCACACUCACUCUCUUCUUAUAAUAGUAAAGGCGUCGAUUUAUCUUUUUUUUUUGUUUAUGUAAUUACUUUCCAAUAAUUAAUUAAUUAAUUUUAUGUAAUUAUUAAUUAUUAUUGAUGAUAAGUCGAUGACGUUUGUCCGGUUUCAAUGACAUUUUUGUGUGGUACUAAUUAAUGUCGUUAGUGUUUUUGUCACUCAGCAUCGGAUGAAAGAACUUUACCUAGAGCUAAUUUAAUUUAGUUUUGAAACACUAAUGAACUGAAGAAUAAUGAGAAUUUGUAAUAAAUAAUAGUGAUAAUGAUUCUGAAAUGAACAAAAAGUGUGAAUAAAUUAGGCUGAUACAGUUGGUUUAAUCUGUAUACAAUAAGUCCAAUUUUGAAUUUUUGGUGAAAAUGUAUAGAAUAUUAUGGGCUAUGCAUGUU